UUUCUAUACGGGAAUAUGAUAUUUCCGGAUGCACUUGAAGGUAGCACAUUUCCUGUCUCCACAGGAACACAAACCGGCGGUCAGACAGGCGGCAGAAUACGGAACACAGCGGCGCAACCCUUCAGACAAAACAACGCUGCGGCGGCGGUAUCGGGUGUCCUAAUGGCGGACCCAACAGCAGCAGCUCCCCGGAGCUCCGAGGAGGAGAAGACGGAGCAUAUAAACGACGCAGAGCUGGCUCUGAAAGGAAUCAAUAUGCUGCUCAACAACGGAUUCAAGGAAAGUGAUGAGCUCUUCAAGACAUACAGGAAUCACAGUCCUUUGAUGAGUUUCGGUGCAAGUUUUGUGAGUUUUCUGAAUGCUGUAAUGACAUUUGAAGAGGAGAAAAUGCAGACGGCCUUUGAGGACCUCAAAUCGACGGAGCGACUGUGUGAGAGUGAAAAUGGCAGCGUUAUUGAAACCAUUAAAAACAAGAUAAAGCGGAGCCAGGUGGAUUCCCAGAGGUCGGGAAUGGCUGCUGUGGACCGACUGCAGCGGCAGAUCAUCAUUGCAGACUGCCAGGUCUACCUCGCAGUUCUGUCUUUCAUAAAGCAAGAGCUGUCAGCAUACAUCAAAGGAGGCUGGAUCCUCCGCAAAGCAUGGAAGAUGUAUAACAAAUGUUACAAUGACAUCACACACCUACAAGAAAGCAACAGAAGGACCUCUGAACAGCAAGCGUCGUCCUCUCUGUCAUCCAUCUCGGCCUCCGGCAGCAGCCGAUCCUCCUCACCUGGAACGAGCCAGUCUCAGAGACUGGACGGCGUCAGACCAGAGGUUCUGGAUCGGCUGAAAGGAUCUGUCAGCUUCGGCUAUGGCCUUUUCCACCUAUGCAUCUCCAUGGUGCCGCCCCACCUUUUGAAGAUCGUCAACCUGCUGGGCUUCCCCGGAGACCGCGAUCAAGGCCUCUCGGCGCUCAUGUAUGCCAGUGAAAGUAAGGACAUGAAGGCCCCAUUAGCUACCCUGGCUCUGCUGUGGUACCACACGGUGGUGCAGCCCUUCUUUGCUCUAGAUGGCUCAGACACACAAGCAGGCCUAAUGGAGGCUAAAUGCAUACUUAAACAAAGGGAGGCCACAUAUCCAAACUCCUCUCUCUUCAUGUUUUUUAAAGGAAGAGUUCAACGCCUUGAGUGCCAGAUCAGCAGUGCCUUGACUUCCUUCAAUGAAGCCUUACAUCUGGCUUCCGACCAGAGGGAGAUUCAACAUGUGUGUUUAUAUGAAAUAGGUUGGUGCAGCAUGAUUGAACUGAACUACACAGAAGCCUUCAGGGCGUUUGAGCGACUGAAGGCGGAGUCUCGCUGGUCGCAGUGCUACUACGCAUAUUUAACAGCAGCAUGUCAAGGAGCCACAGGUGAUCUGGAGGGCGCUGUUGUAACCUUUAAAGAUGUUCAAAGACUUUUCAAACGCAAGAAUAAUCAGAUAGAGGUGUUUUCCUUGAAGAGGGCUGAGAAGCUCCGGAGCCCAGGUCUAUCCAAAGAGCUCUGCAUCUUGUCUGUGAUUGAGAUACUCUAUCUGUGGAAAGCCCUGCCUAACUGCUCCUCUGCCAAGCUGCAGACAAUGACUCAUGUUUUGCAGGGGAUUGAAGAUACGUCAUGCACCGACCUGAAAAACUUGCUUCUUGGAGCAAUUAGCAGAUGUCUCCUUAAUACUAAAGAUGCUGUGCAGUAUUUCCGUCUGGCUGCAAGCGACGAGGUUGGACGUCAGUGCAACUCUUACGUGCAGCCCUACUCCUGCUAUGAACUGGCCUGUGUACUGCUAAAUUCCCCAGAGACUGCAGAGAAGGGCCGAAUGCUAUUGCUUCAGGCUAAGGAGGACUACGCCGGCUAUGACUUUGAGAACAGGCUCCAUGUUCGAAUUCACUCCGCGUUCGCCUGUAUGAGCUCAGCCCAGCCUUGAUGUUUGAUCAGCACCUUAAACAAAAUGGCUUCCUGAGAAUCAGAUUACAAGUGUGAACUCUAUUGUUUUACUGUGUUUUUAUUACAGUGUUAUGAGCCAAAACGCCUCCAUGGAACAUGAACAAAUGAUUCACAGAGGAACCUUUUAGGUUUACAGACCUGUUGCUGUACUGCACAACACAUUAGCACAUUUAAAUUUUAUUUUUUACAUUGUGGGUGGUUUAAGAUAGAGGGUUGUUUGGUCAAAAAGUCUACAUAUUUAUGAGAUUUGAGGUGAAUUUGUAAAAUGUGCCCUGGUAUCACAGCAAGUAAUGCCAAGUAAAGAGACUGCACAUAUAAAGUAUCAUUCAAAUAAACAGAUUCAUUGUGCUUGAUGCUGAUAUGACCUUAGUCUUGGUUUCUUGUUGUAAAAAAGUUUGCUAAUCCAUUGACAUAAGACAUAAGUAACUGGUCCUACUUGGAGCAAAUUUGUUCUUUUUUUAUGUAAAUGUUUUGAAUACAUUUAGUAAAUAUGCAGAGAUUGUACCACUUCUAAGUGGUAUAAAUGCAGAAUAAUCCUCUUUACUGUCAACAGGUUUUACUGUGUAUUUGUUACAAGAUUAAUAAAAACAAUGUUAUUAAAUGGGAUUUCAAUUUAGAUUAAUUUUUCGUUGAUUUUCUCUGACUAUCGAACUUUAACCGAGACGGGAAUAUUCAAAUGUGGCCUCUGAUGGCAGCUCGUCUGGAAAAUGCCUCUAAAGACAAAACUGAUGAUUGCAAACCCCCAAAGUAUUGAGUUUUUAGAAACAUAUUUUGUGUGCUGUAAAGUAUUCACUUGGAUCUGUGUAGUUUUUCCUUCAAACAAGAUUAAAUGGCAUCGUUUUUUAAAAAAGGUA